AUGAGAGAUAGUGUGAGGGCGCUGGAGGGUCGUCGUAUGAGUGCUAUGAGAGAUAGUGUGAGGGCGCUGGAGGGUCGUCGUAUGAGUGCUAUGAGAGAUAGUGUGAGGGCGCUGGAGGGUCGUCGCAUGAGUGCUAUGAAAGAUAGUGUGAGGGCGCUGGAGGGUCGUCGUAUGAGUGCUAUGAGAGAUAGUGUGAGGGCGCUGGAGGGUCGUCGUAUGAGUGCUAUGAGAGAUAGUGUGAGGGCGCUGGAGGGUCGUCGUAUGAGUGCUAUGAGAGAUAGUGUGAGGGCGCUGGAGGGUCGUCGUAUGAGUGCUAUGAGAGAUAGUGUGAGGGCGCUGGAGGGUCGUCGUAUGAGUGCUAUGAGAGAUAGUGUGAGGGCGCUGGAGGGUCGUCGUAUGAGUGCUAUGAGAGAUAGUGUGAGGGCGCUGGAGGGUCGUCGCAUGAGUGCUAUGAAAGAUAGUGUGAGGGCGCUGGAGGGUCGUCGUAUGAGUGCUAUGAGAGAUAGUGUGAGGGCGCUGGAGGGUCGUCGUAUGAGUGCUAUGAGAGAUAGUGUGAGGGCGCUGGAGGGUCGUCGUAUGAGUGCUAUGAGAGAUAGUGUGAGGGCGCUGGAGGGUCGUCGUAUGAGUGCUAUGAGAGAUAGUGUGAGGGCGCUGGAGGGUCGUCGUAUGAGUGCUAUGAGAGAUAGUGUGAGGGCGCUGGAGGGUCGUCGUAUGAGUGCUAUGAGAGAUAGUGUGAGGGCGCUGGAGGGUCGUCGCAUGAGUGCUAUGAAAGAUAGUGUGAGGGCGCUGGAGGGUCGUCGUAUGAGUGCUAUGAGAGAUAGUGUGAGGGCGCUGGAGGGUCGUCGCAUGAGUGCUAUGAAAGAUAGUGUGAGGGCGCUGGAGGGUCGUCGUAUGAGUGCUAUGAGAGAUAGUGUGAGGCCGCCGCAGGUCUAA